AUUUUUGAUCUGGUCAGUUACUCACUUACUUACUUAGGAGAGUAGUGAGUCGAGUCAGUGAGUCAAACUCGUGGACCCCACUCGUCUCCAACCUCAACCUCAACCCCAUUCCCCUUCUCCUUCUCAGUCAACAUCGUCACUCCAAAACCCUACCUCUCUCUCCGAUUCCCAUGUCUUCUUCCUCCUAAUCCCCCUUCUCUCACCCCCCCUAUUUCAAUUCGCACCCCCCAUGGAAUCCUCCGCCACCACCGUUUCCCCCGAUUCCGAAAACGACACCACCAACACGCGAGUGAACGGCUACGUCGUUUACACUCGCCGCAAGCGGACCCUCACCCUCCAUUCCAGUAAUGACGCCGCCAAGUGGCUCAGAACAGCUGAUAUCAAAGUCGAAGCUCGCCACGGCGGCGGCGGCGACGACGACGACGUCGUUUUCAAGCGCCGCCCCAAGCUCGAGUCUGAAUUAACGGAGGUGGAAUUGAAAACGGCGACGUCGUUGAAGACGACGAAGAAGAUCAUUGUCGUCCACAAGAAGCCCGUCACCGUCAAGGAGCUAUUCCAAACGGGCUUGCUCGAUGGGGUUCCGGUCGUUUACGUCGGUUGCAAAAAGGAUUCAACUACGGAAUUGCGAGGUGAAAUUAAAGAUGGGGGGAUCUUGUGCUCAUGCCGUCUGUGCAAUGGACGCAGGGUUAUUCCACCUUCCCAAUUCGAAAUUCAUGCGUGCAACAUAUAUAAGAGGGCAGCACAAUAUAUUUGCCUUGAAAAUGGGAAGAGCCUGCUUGACCUAAUGAGAGCAUGCAGGGCAGCUCCGCUACAUACAUUGGAGGCGACCAUUCAAAAUUUUAUUAAUUCUCCGCCCGAGGAGAAAUAUUUUACUUGCAAAAGUUGCAGAGGGUGUUUCCCUUCUUCCAAUGUGGAAAGAGUGGGGCUUUUAUGUCUAUCUUGCGUGGAAUCAAGGAAAUCUGAAAAAAGUUCUAUUCAUGCCGUGGGUAAAAGAAUAAGGUCCCCUCGGCCAGUAUUAUUCUCCCAUUCAUGUUCAUGUUGUACUACUGAAUCUGAACUCUGUAUCUCUCCUCAAACUAAGAAACAGUGGAAGACAAGAACAAAGUCAUCCAAACUGUCGGUAAAAUUGAAGACUGUACCAAUUACUUCAAAGUGUUUAUCUCCACAAAACAAAAGUCAGUGGAGGAUCUCUAAAAGGUAUCAACGAUUACAUAAAUUAAUUUUUGAAGAGGAUGGAUUGCCUAAUGGAGCUGAAGUAGCUUAUUAUGCACGUGGACAGAAAUUGCUUGAGGGUAUCAAAACACGCUGUGGAAUUGUCUGUCGAUGCUGCAACACUGAGGUCAGCCCCUCACAGUUUGAGGUCCAUGCAGGCUGGGCUUCUCGCAGGAAACCUUAUGCAUACAUCUACACGUCAAAUGGGGUGUCACUCCAUGAGUUAGCAAUAUUUCUCUCAAAAGAUCACAAAUGCACUACAAAGCAGAAUGACUAUGUAUGUGUUGUUUGUUGGGAUGGUGGAAACCUGUUGCUUUGUGAUGGAUGUCCAAGGGCAUUUCAUAAAGAAUGUGCAUCUGUAUCAAGUAUUCCUCGGGGUGAGUGGUACUGUCAAAUUUGUCAACACACAUUCCUCAGAGAAAGGCCUGUGUUAUACAAUGCCGAUGCUGUGGCAGCUGGAAGGGUAGAAGGUGUUGAUCCUAUUGAGCAGAUCGCCAAGAGAUGCAUUCGCAUAGUAAAAGACAUAGGAGCUGAGAUGGGUGGAUGUGUUUUAUGCAGGAGUUCUGACUUCAGCAGAUCAGGAUUUGGUCCUCGUACAAUUAUAAUUUGUGAUCAGUGCGAAAAGGAAUAUCAUGUUGGCUGCUUGAGGGAUCAUAAGAAGGCAUAUUUGAAGGAGUUGCCGGAAGGGGAUUGGUUUUGUUGCAAUGAUUGCACAAUAAUACAUUCUACUUUGGAGAAUCUCUUGAUUAGGGUGGCUGAGAGACUCCCUGAAGCUCUUUUGGAUGUUAUAAAGAAGAAGCAAGUGGAAAGAUGUUUAGAACCCCUUAAUGAGAUUGAUGUACGAUGGAAACUUCUUAAUGGAAAAAUUGCAUCUCCUGAAACUAGGCCAUUGCUUUUGGAGGCAGUGUCCAUGUUUCAUGAAUGCUUUGAUCCUAUAGUUGAUCCAGCUGCUGGACGUGACCUUAUUCCUGCCAUGGUUUAUGGAAGGAAUUUGCAGACUCAGGAUUUUGGAGGAAUGUAUUGUGCAUUAUUGAUUGUCAAUUCAUCUGUGGUAUCCGCGGGCAUGGUUCGAAUUUUUGGUAGAGAUAUUGCUGAACUCCCUUUAGUUGCAACAAGAUAUAAGAACCGUGGAAAGGGCUACUUCCAAACACUUUUCGCAUGCAUUGAGAGGCUGCUGGCUUUUUUGAAUGUGAAAAAUCUUGUGCUACCAGCUGCUGAAGAAGCAGAAUCAAUAUGGACAGAAAAAUUCGGGUUUAGCAAGAUGAAACUUGACCAGCUCACCAACUAUAGAAUGAACUGCCAUCAAAUCAUGGCAUUCAAAGGGACAAACAUGCUUCAUAAAACGGUGCCUCGAUGUCGGGUCACCAAUUCUCAAGCAUGAGAAAUCUGUAUACUAGAAAAUCAAUCGUGAAAGGGGAAAACCCUAGCUUUCUCGUUGCUUACAUGUCCAUGUGGGGUCCACUUGUGUGCAUUGUUGACAUGUUGACCUGACGGCUUCAAUGAAUUAAUAAAUUACUUGGUCCUUAUAUUUUGCCAAAAUUUUGUGUUUUAGUUCUUAUACCCGGAAACUCUAAACUCUGUAUUUGUCUUUGUUGUGAAUGGUCAAGUAAUUGUUAACUUUUAGUGCUUUAACACCCGCACAAAAAUUUAA